UCCAGUACUCCUCGUCCCUCCUCCAAGGUUUGGAUAAGCGACCUCCGCAAGCAGCCGCGGUGAAACGGACGCUCCUUUGAGGCUCUUCUUCUCCUCCACGGAGCACAUUUCUGCCAAAUUGGAGUCGUCUUCCGCCGAGAUCGAGCGAAGAGGUGCAGCCGAUCCCGGGCCUCCAAUCCAGGGCGGGGGGAGGGAAGGAGGACGCUGGGAAUCGGGAUGGAGACAGGAGACGGUGCCGACGGGCCUGGCGGGCCGGACGCACCCGGGAUGCAGUUCGGCUGCGCCUCUUUCAACCAAGACUCCACAUCCCUGGCUCUGGGAACAAAGACUGGCUACAAGCUGUUUUCUCUGACCAUGGUGGAAAUGCUGGACUGUAUCCAUGAGAGUGUAGAGACCCCAGACGUCUACAUCGUAGAGCGCCUGUUCUCCAGCAGUCUGGUAGUCGUAGUGAGCACCGCCAUGCCACAGCGCAUGAACAUCUACCACUUCAAGAAGGGGACGGAGAUCUGCAACUACAGCUAUCCCAACAGCAUCCUGGCUGUCAAGCUCAACAGACAUAGGCUGGUAGUGUGCCUUGACGAGUCCAUUUAUAUCCACAACAUCAAAGACAUGAAGCUGCUCAAGACACUGCUCAACACUCCAUCCAACCCGUCAGGUCUCUGUGCGCUUUCUAUCAGCCAUUCCAACUCCUACCUGGCGUACCCAGGCAGUGCCACCAUCGGGGAGAUUGUAGUAUAUGAUGCCAACAAUUUGAACACAGUGACCAUGAUCCCGGCUCACGACAGUCCUCUGGCAGCCCUCGCCUUCAACGCCUCAGCCACCAAACUCGCCAGUGCCUCAGAGAGGGGCACCGUCAUCCGAGUGUUCUCCAUACCCGAGGGGCUGCGUCUGUUUGAGUUCCGCCGGGGCAUGAAGAGGUAUGUCAAUAUAAGCUCUUUAUCCUUCAGCCCUGAUGGUCAGUUCCUCUGUGCGUCCAGCAACACAGAGACGGUGCAUAUCUUUAAACUGGAGCAGUUGGGACCAAGUGGAGAGGACGAGACUGGCACGUGGACAGCCUACGUGGGGAAGAUGUUCUCAGCAGCCAGCAGCUACCUCCCCGCUCCGGUGUCCGGCAUGAUGAGCCAGGACCGGGCCUUCGCCACCGUCCACCUGGUGACCUUGGGCCAGAGGAACAUCUGCACCCUAGCUAUGAUCCAGAAGCUUCCGCGGCUCCUGGUGGCUACAGCUGACGGCCAGCUGUUCAUCUACAACGUGGAUCCACUGGAUGGAGGCGAGUGCAUGUUAGCCCACAAACACAGGCUCUUUGGCACUGAUGAUGACCAAGACGAAGUCGCAAAGACGGAAGGGUCAGAGGUCCCAGGGCCAGUGCAGACCUGUCCAUCCUACGCUGCAACCGCUGCCUUACCAGCCUCUGGUCCUGUCACUGCAACUCUCACUGGAUACUCUGAGGAUGGCGGUGCAAAAAAAGGCGAAGUCAUUCCAGAACACGAGUUCGCUGCUGGACCCGUGUGUCUAGACGAUGAGAACGAGUUUCCUCCUGUGAGCAUCCAGAAGUGCUGACUGCUAGAUUAAUUGGUGUCGAGGCGGGACUGGAGGUGGCCAGGCCAGGCCCUCGUGAGGGGUAGAAGGACAAAUGGACAGAGGACUGACAGGCGCUGUGGGAUGAUCCACAAAAAAACUGUAUUUCAGGGUGCCAAGUUAUCUUUUCCCUUCAGAGAGACAAUAAUAAUACUAACAUUAUCUUUGAAGUUGACAAAAAUUUGACCAUGAAGUAGAUGUUACGUAACGAUUGUGUUAAGAUACAUGCCUGAUUUAGUCAACGCAGCAAUAGUAUCUCUAAACUUCCCUCCAGCUCAUUGUCUGAUGAAAGUAUGAGGUGCAUGCUGGAGCAGAACUACAACCAGAAGCAUUUCUACUUGACAAAUAUUUUAGUUAUUAUAAUCAUUUUAUUGCAGCAACAUUUUUUAUUUGUUUGUUAAUACUAUAGUUCACAUCCAUGAUAAAUAAUUAAAUUGUAAUUUUUAUUCCGUAUUGUAAUGCCAUGUAUUAGAUGUUUAUAUGUAUGCCUCCUGGAUGGACUUCAGAAGGUGUUUUUGUGAUGUAAGAUUGUUGGUGCCUAAUUAUCAUUUGUAAAAGAGCAAAGUAUUUUGCUAAUUGCACAAGACCAAAACAAGUGAAAGAAAUAAACCCAUUAGAGUGAGAAAGAACCUA